AGGAGUGUAGAGAUGGGCGGUGUCAAGGAGAAUGCAUUCCACUGAGCACCAAAAGCGUGUAGUGAUGUUCAUAGACACAUACAACACUACCUACUUUCCUACCUAUCAUUAGACAGGACUUUAAGGAGUUCGUGGACGCCGAGAACCUGAUGCCUCUGACGACGAGCGAUUUCCGGAACCCGGUGUGCCUAGAGAUGAAAGUGAUGAGUAGGGCCCAACAGGAAGUAGCUAAUGUGGGCAGUGCGGGCCAAUACGGCACCACCGGAGCGGGGGACAUGGACAACAUGGGGCUGAUGAUGGGCUUCCCAGAGGUGGACGUGGACAGAAAACCGGCCAAUGGGGGCACAGCAGGAGCUGAUCUGCAUUCCAUGGAUAGUUCUGAUACCUUCGCUAGCUGUACCACCAAUCCGUUCAAUUCGCAAGGAGAUCUUACCGGCGUGGAGUGUAACGGUGGUGGUGAUAAAUCUGACAGCAACCUAUACGUCAACCCCCUGGAUAAGAGCGGUGAGAACAGCCCCGUGACCCAAACUGCGACCACCACAGUGUCAACUACACAAUCAGGGGUGAAAAAAUCAGCGUCAGGGGACACAGCGUUGCGCAGUUUGGGUACAUCGCCCAUGGAUGAGGGGUUCAAGGGAUUCGGGGCUCUAGAUAGGGGCAGCAGAGUCAGUCUCAACGAUUCGCCUGUUACCAAGCACCGGAAGACUAGGUUUCAGGGUCGUCCAAGAACGAGAUUUGGAGAUUCCCUCGAAAACAAUUCUCAGGAAAGCUUAGAAAAGAAGAAAAAGACUUCCUUUAUGGCUACAAGAGGACUGACCUCAGCUACUAGGAUAUUGAAUCAGCAUCUAUUUGGGUUCCAGAAUUUAAGUAUAAAAUCAGGCAAGAACAGCGGUAGCAAAUCAACUCUGUCCGUUGACUCCUUGGAUAGUCGUACCAGUCCCCAAUUGGAACAGCACCGCCGCUCCAAGUCCAUCUUGAAGAAGUCCGACAGUAGCGGAGGAAACAGGCACCAUAAUGCUGCAGAUCCAGAGAGUGAAAGACUCAUUCCUGAUAAUAUGUCAGCAUUUGAAGUCGAUUAUUCGCCUAACAAAAGGUUGUCUUCGCCUCCGACCAAUCGGAGGAUCACUUACAACCAAAAGGUAACGAAGAAUCUUCCCAGCUACCAGCAAGAACUUGAGCGCACCCGUUUGCUAAAAUCCCAACUAUUCUUGCUGGACGACAUCCUGAGCCGGGAACGUCAAGCGCAAGCGUACGCGCAUGCGCAAGCGACUUGCAACGAGACCGGCAGCAUGGAGGCGCGCCUGCGCAGUGCCCCGCACGCUGCCUCUGGGGAUAACGGCGGCACCGGAAGCGCAGGAGAGGUGCCCCUGUACAUUUGCCCGCCACCUCCGCCUAUGGAAGGGUCGCCCACAGAAGAGACUAGGUUGUUGUACAGUGCAGGAGGGCAGAAUCAGAAUAGAAACAGGCAACAGCCGACGAACUCUAUAGUCAAGGGACUCAAUCCGUCCUCGUAGCAGUUACAGAAUUUUGGAUCACACACGACGUACCUAGAUAGUCAUUUGCAGACCGUGCAACUGCAGCCACAGACUGUAGCAGCUGUCGUCAUUCGUUUGAAAAAUUUCGAAAAUUCUUCGCCUUUCUCGAAAAUCCACCUUCAGGCAAAUAGAAACUGAGAUGACAGAGAUCACCGGUCGGUGCAUUUUUAAGUGCUUUGUUGUUUUCAGAGAUUUAAGCGUCAGUUACUGAAGUUGUUAGUUUUUGCAACAAAAUAUAUUCUAAAGCUACACCCUAUUAACGAAUUUUACAAAUUCUACUUUAUUAGUGCUAAGUUUCGUUUCCGCUAUAUGGUGUCAACGUGAUAGUUCAAAUUAUUAAAAAUACGUAUUCGGAGUAUCUCGGCAAUCAGGCCUCAGUUAUUUAUGGAGGCUCAUAACUUUUUUAUACAGGGUGUUACUUAAUAAACAUGUGUCGUAAAAAAAUCUGGUUUUCAAAAUACAGGGUGUUAAAUUUUACAAAAUGUAUUUAUUUAAUUUUUAAUAUUUAAAUAAUAGCUCAAAGAUCCUAAUGCCGAUUUUGUUGAAUUUUGGCAGUGAUGUUCACUGCAAUAAGACACUAAUUUAGCACCAAUUAGAAGAUAAUUCUGAGUUCCAGUGGCAUCUCGGGAGGCAUCCCAGGAAUAAUAUUGACAGAAAAAUGCACACCACUGACUUUUUUCAAAAAGAAGAAUUCCUAAAAUCAAAUCAACUGUGAUCAUUAGCUUGUUGGUAUGGAAUGAUGUUCUGUUUUUAUGAAAAUAUUCUUGACUUUCCGUCAUGGUUUACUAUUUUUCUGUCAAAAGGUGUCUUUGUCGUAUCCCUAUCAAAUACAAAGGGUGCAGGCACUUCUUCCAAGAGAUUUUGGGCCAUGUGCGCAGUUUUGUAGAUGGUAUCUUGAAAAACUUACAGUAAAUCCUCAGUUUGAUUCCGUAUUAUGUUUACCUCGAAGCACAUUUUUUCAAAAAUGCAAUAAUUAAUUUUAAUAAUAAUCAUUACUGGGCUGAAAAAAAAGCAUGCUGUUAAUGAGACGAAUUUUCAGGAACACUUUUAAUGUUUGGAUCGGUAUCAUAGGUAACUAUUUGAUUGGACUUUUUUGCGUUAAGAUUUUAAAAAUUACACAAAUAAAUAUUGUACUUGGAUACUACUACUAUUUUAUUUCUUAAGAUUUUUUCGACAUGCAAUAGAGCUGUUUUUAUUUAUUUUUUUCAAAAAUAGGGGAUGAUACGAAGAGAUGCCAAGAGACAAAAAAGUUGUGCCAUUAGCUGCUUAACCUGAAAAAAAUAUGUACUGUUUGAAAAAGUCAGUGGCUUACAUUUUUUGUCAAUAUUAUCAGUGAGGCUGCCCCGAGGCGCCACUUUAACUCAUAAUUAAGAGUCGUAUCUUCUAAUUUGCAAUGUGUUUUAAUGCAAUGAACAACAUUGCCAAAAUCCUACAAAAUCGGCAUAAGGAUCUUUGAGCUACUAAUAAAAAACAUUUUUUAUUUAAAAAGAACUUUGACAUACUGUAUCUUGAAUAUCAGAGUUUUAAGAACACAUGUUUAUAUGAACUUCUGGUUUAAUUUGGUUCAGGAAAGCGCCUUUGUAAAUACUGCCUAUAAUGAUACUAACUUGUUAAUAAAGUAACAUCCUGUAUAUGAUGUUAAAUUACACCAAAAUCAUUUUUCUUUGAUAACAGGGCUCUUAUGAUAAACUAUUUUGGUCAAAAUUACGGUUUUUGGCCAUCAUAAUAGAAAAUCUGGAUUUUCUGCUCUCCGCAAUUUUUAUCAUAGAUUAUUUCUUCUUCGAUCUUUUAGUGUUCCUUUUAUUGAUAAAAUUAUAAAUUAGCUUGAGAUACUCUGCAUACUCGAGAUAUAGACUCGUUUUAAAGACUUUGUAAAGCUUCUUGUAAAAAAAUGUUUAUCGAAGUUGAAUAUAAAAAUGACAGUCUGUUGGCGUGUUGUUGCGAAAAAAACGGAAAACAAAAAAGGAAGUGAAAAAAGUCAAUGAUAGAGCAAUACAAACAUUGUUUCUUAGUUCAUAAGUCUUACGAUGAUUUUUUGUUAUGUUAUUGAAACGGUGUAAAAUAUAUAAAAAGAGAAAAUAAAUGAAAUAUGUACUGUUAUUUUUUUAUAAAAACAAGCAAGAAUUGUUCUGUGAACUUCUUAUUUCCCUCAACAACAGACUUCUGUCCAGAUUUGAUUUUCCAUAUAUCGCAGUCGGUAGAAGGCUAAGCUACAUCACAUAUCUGUCUAUCCUCAAAUCGCUAAGUUUAUACGAUUUUUUUUUCAUAAUUGUAAAUCAUUAUAUCGGGUGUAAACUGCAUGAAACAAAACAAUUUCGCAAAUUUCCUAAUGUGCAUCUUCACACCAAGUUAACCAGUACCAAUACCAAUGACCUUGGCAAAACACGAUUUUUUUGUUCAAGUUUUAAAGUACACUGAUUUGUAAAUUUACAAAAAACAUACAUUUUACAUCCGUUGACUUUUGUUUGGUGUGAAAUUGGACAAAAUUGUAAAUCACCUAGUCAUUCCACGAUCCCACAUAUAUUCCAAUCACAUUAUUUCUCAUUUAGUCCAGUAAGUCUCAGAAAAAUAUUUAGAUACUUUUUAUAUCUAUCAAGAAGGACCCCCUUUUAAUGGGUCGGCAUGUUGUUUAAACAAUUUUUUCAAAGAAAUCCCAAAAAUAGUUUUUUUUUCGCUCCGGCUAUGGCUUUACUUAUUUUAAGUUAUUCUGAAGAAAAAAUGAUUCUUAUGAACUAUUUUUAAAAGUUUCCGAGAUAUAAGCGAACAGUGCAAAAUAUCCAAUCGAGCCCUAAAAUUAUUAUGAAUAAACAAUUAUAGUUUAAGAAUAUAAAAAACAUUCUUUAGUAGCAAAUCGAAUCAAAAAGUAGAAAAUAAUUUUCAAGUAGGUAUAGGAGUGUGUGUUACUGCAAUAGAAAGUCCAUCAAUCCUACUAAUACAAUACUGAAACUUUAAAUCCAUAGUAAUGCAUAAUACAAUCUCGUUAGCAAUUGCUCCUUAUCAAUAGACUCAAAUGCCCGCUUGAAAUCCAACAAUAAUGUUACUGUAAAACUUUUUGCAUCCAUAUUUUAAAAAAAAAGCAUGGACUGAUUGAAUAGUUUUUUCAGUUACUAUUUACAAAAUUUGAGUUGUUAUGAAAAU